AUGGGGUGUCUGGUCAUAUGUUUUACCACCACACCGUUUGUCGCACUCUCCUACGUCUGGGGUCGUGUACAGAUGCUCAAAACGACAAACCUGAAUUACGAGGGGCUCCAGGAGGCAGGAGCGCUGUUUAAUGCGACCGGAGAGUUUGUGGUUCCACAAACAAUCUGCGAUGCGAUGCGCCUGUGUAGACGGCUAGGAGAGCGGUACUUAUGGGUUGACUGCCUUUGCGUUGUCCAAGAUGCUGCACCUGAUGAAAUAGAUAAGAUGCUUCGGGCAAUGGCAUUCAUAUACACAAGUGCUGAGUGCACUAUUGUUGCCGCGACAGGCGUCGAUGCGGAACGUGGACUCAGCGGUGUCGGAGACCCUUCCCAACAGCGGGAGAGAGGAUGUCAGUUUUGA